AUGGCUGAGACUGUCGAGACUCACUCCCUUCCCGUCGCCGAGGCUACCAUCAACCCUCUCCCCAAGCUAGGCAUCCAUCUCCCGGUCCAGAAGGAUCUUAGAAAGAAGUUAAACUCCUUCAACCUAUUCAGCGAGCUCCCCCAGGAGCUUCAGGACGAGAUUUGGACACUUGCUGUGCAGACUCCUACUGUCUUGGCACCGCAGCGUGUCACUGAAAAUGGCCUUGUAGACUGGAACAAACAGGCCAAAUGGUCCUUCCAAGGAAUGGACCCGCACACCAUCAGCCAGGUGUGCAAAAAUGCAAGAUACAUUGUAAAGAAGCACUGUGUCGCCUUCCGGGGGAAGAACAACACCCCCAUCACCACCAAGACCCCGGUAAUAUACGCGAACGUCGAUACCACGAUGUUCGUCAUCGGUGAUGUUAUAUCAGAAGGAGACUCCUUCUAUGAAAAUGACAUAGCCAAGAUGAAAUACAUUACGAUCGAGGGUCGUAAUCCUGGGUUCUGUUGGGUCCCAGACCCUUACAAUCUCUUCCCUGGGCCUGCCUCAGGAGCGCUUGGAAUCCUGGCGACCCUAGCCGUGGACCUUAAGGCAGUGUUCGUUCAAAAUAAAUUGACGAUCAGUGCAUCAGAAGAUCCUGAGCGCGUCGCUCAGGAUCUAGAGAUGUACCAGACACCCGACUCCGUCUCCUUCACCGACGGUAUCCGGCCAUUAAACGCCAACCUGUUUGCAUAUCUUUCUCGCUUCGUGAGCUAUAACGGCCCUGAGAUCAACGAUGAACGACGCUGUACAUUCGUACAGCAUAGAGAGAGGAAGUUAUGCAGAACUCUCUUUGUGGCAGAGAACGCCUUCCGUGAUGGCUCUCCCCGUAUUCACUUCCUGCCGCUAUACUCUCCUUACAGAGAAUAUUACGCCGACGCCAGCGAAGAUAGAGACGUCGACCAUGCCGCUUGUCAUCAUGAGCUCACACCCCGCGAUGCCGUCACAGAUGACCAGAGUGAGAAGAUUUGCCGGCCCCCGCCGGCCAUGACGGAAACUCAGGCCUUGCUGACUGCCCGACAGACCGAGAUGGAAGACUAUGAGGAAGCGAUGCUGGCCGCCUGGCCUGAAGAGUGGCUGUGA